AUGGCCACUGAAGAUGAAGAAGAUCCUCCCCGGCACAUGCGAAUUCCCGGCGAAGAUGGAUAUCGAACACCAACCAUCGAAGACGCAGAGCGGGCGCUCUCUAUCCUAGGCGCUAUCCCAGAACGUCCCGUUAGCCAAGUGCGCGAGGCACAUUCCAGUGCCUUAGAGGCAGCCCUGCAAAGAGCCUCAUCACGGGCGACUGUUAAAUCUGAGAAACCGAGUAAAGACAACGCCUGUCAUGAACAUAAUGGCCUGGGUCUAUUCGGGCUUCGGCGCACAGUAUCCGGCGAGCUCAGCUGGAAAAAGCGCAUUCGACAUGUUACGUGGGCGUAUUUUACGCUUACUAUGGCCACUGGCGGGCUAGCCAAUGUUUUAUAUCAAGUUCCUUUCCGAUUCAAAGGUUUGGAUACCAUUGGAGUUGUUGUUUUCUUAAUAAAUAUCGCUGCAUACCUCAUUAUCUGGGCUCUUUUGCUUGUUCGAUUCUAUCACUACCCCUACACAUUCAAAGCGUCUUUUAUGCAUCCAACAGAAUCACUAUUUGUGCCCGCAUCAAUAGUAUCUUUCGGGACAAUCCUAAUCAACAUAUCGCAAUAUGGACCGGAAAAUACAGGCCCAUGGUUGCUGCGCGCAUGUUGCAUAUUAUUUUGGAUCGACGCCGCUCUCGCCGUGAUGUUCUCCGCGGGCAUUUACCUCCUUUUAUGGUCAACACAGACAUUUACCAUCGCCCAAAUGACUCCGAUCUGGAUCUUUCCUGCCUACCCAAUGCUUAUUAUCGGUCCGCAUGCUGGAAUUCUCAGUGGGAAGCUUGAUCCGGCCGAGUCUCUGCCUGUGAUCAUUGGCGGUACGACUAUCCAGGGCGUGGGGUUUUUGGUUUCGCUGAUGGUUUAUUCGGCCUUCAUUUACCGACUGAUGACACAGAAGCUUCCGAGGGAGAACAUUCGUCCGGGUAUGUUUGUCUCUGUCGGACCGAGUGGGUUCACGGUCGCGGGACUUGUAAAUAUGGCUGCCGAGGCGAAGAGGUCUUUUCCCGUGGAUUUCAUGGGCAAUGGGGCGUUGGCCGCCGAUGUAUUGAAAAUUGUUGCUGAUUUUUCAUGCUUGUGGUUGUGGGGAUUGGCGAUAUUCUUUUUCAUUAUCGCAAGUGCAGCUCAUUGGUCCGCUAUUGGGCAUGGGCGUAUGGUCUUCUCGAUGACCUGGUUUUCGUUCGUUUUCCCAAAUACCGCACUGAUCACCGCUACUUUUGCCAUUGGAAAGGCGUUUUCUUGCAAGGCUAUCAAUAUCAUUGGGUGUGUGGCAGUACUUCCACUUCUGUUGAUGUACUUCUUCGUUUGUUAUAUGAUGAUUCGUGCCAUCUUGACACGGCAGAUUCUCUGGCCUCAGAAAGGCGAAGAUAGAGAUGAGGGUGGCUUUGAGAUUCUUCGGGUUAAAUCCGCCGCUUUGGCUGGUGACAGUAGUUCUAGCCCUGUAUAG